AGCAGCCAGACCACUGUAGGCUGUAUAAAAACGUUGAGACACUGAAGCAAGGACAUGGUCAUUUUAGUUCCUGAUCAAGAACUCAAAAGCUCUAACUGCAAAGAUGUACUCCACUACCGAGAAGGCUCUCAUCGCCUCCAUCUGGGAGAAGGUUAUGCCCCAUACCGAGCAAUGGGGCGGUGAGGCUUUGGAGAGGCUCCUUGCUGUCUUCCCUCAGACCAAGAUCUACUUCAAGCACAUGAACACUUGCCCUGGCUCUGCUGCAAUCCGCGCUCACGGUGGCAAGGUGAUGAAGGCCAUCGGUUCGGCUGCAGGGGACGUGGACAACAUGGCGUCAACCUUGAGCAGCCUCAGCGAACUGCAUGCCUACAACCUUAUGGUGGAUCCCACCAACUUCAAGCUGCUGUCUCACUGCAUCCUGGUUGUCUUGGCAAAUCACCUGCCUUCUGAAUUCACGCCCGAAGCCCACCUUGCCUUCGACAAGUUCUUGGCCAGUGUGGCGGCCAUCCUGUCUCAUAAAUAUCGAUAAACACUCCGAGUGCUUCAGAAGAACCGGACUAGGAGGGUGCCUGGUGCCUAUUCCUUCCCUUGGUCUUCACUAUGCUGUUAGAAUCAGAGGUGUCCUGUUCUUGUGCAGACUUUGGUUCUGUACUCUGAAACAUAAAU